GGAGUGACAUUUGGACCGAACCAAAGUGAACCGAAUGCACUGUUGAUCCGGUCAUUCGUCCAUAAAAAGUCUCCUACUACUAGAUCGCGAUUCUCAUAAAUUUGAUUCGGUCCGAUAUGGACGGUUGCACACCCCAGUGUAGAUGACCACAACUAGCCAUCAAAAUCUAGUUGGCUUAACCUAACCACGAAAUUGAACCAUAGCUAGCUUGCAUGAGAGUGGGUGGAGUGCGUGCCUAGCCAAAGUUGGGUAAGAGGUUCCAUUGGAAGCAGGCUGGCCUGCGGUUGGUUAGCCACUGGUUCAUUUUCCUUUUUUUAGUCUUUUCUUUUCCCCCUCCACAAAAAGGAUGGAAAAAAACAAAAUUUAAUAAAGGAUCGGGAAAUGAUUUUCUUUUUCAAAAAAAAAAAGUUGAAAACAGUUAAAGAAUGACGUAAUAAUUGAUCAUGGGCCGUCCAUUCUUGACUCCACUCAUCCGACGGCCCACAGACCGCUUCGCUGAGCUCAGCUCGGCUUUCCCACCCCCAGUUUUAUUGUUGUUGUCUGUUUUUUUUUUCCCCAUUUUCAUUUCUAGCUCUAACGCUAGUAUUUGGGACGGCACUCUUUCUCUCUCUAUAUUCCAAUUCUAUUCUGUUUCUUCUUCGUCUUGCCAGAGAAGUGAAGAAGAAGAAGGCAACAAAGGCCCCUGUAAAAAGGCAGGUCGCCAGUCUUUGAAUCAACAGACGAGCGAGAGCUGAAUCUUCCCCUCUCUUCUUUUUCUUUUCUCGCUCAGUUUAUUGGACGACGGAGGAGACCGCCGCCGCCGCGAGGUACUGCUACUAAUACUAACACCUGCGAUUGUGAUCAUUUCCGUUUUGUUUUCCUCUCUCCGAUGAACUCACGGCGGAGGCGGAGUUUCUCUGAGGAUUUCCGUGGAAAUUCUGAACACGGAGAUUGGUGGGGAAUCGGUUUUGGGCGUUUCUGGAAGAUAUGGCGGGGGAGAGCUCCGGGACGUUUUUAUUUAUUUAUUUAAUUUUUUUUAACUUGAUUUAUUUUUGUUUGUGUUUGCGGUCACUCCCAAUUGAAAUUGAGCCUGAAAUGGCGGAGGAAACAGGUGGUAUUUUUAGCGUGUGGAGAACAAUUGAAUGCGAAAUUCGCAAAGUAAAAAAUCGCUUCCUACCCCUUAAAUUACGAAAGCGGAGACGCUUUGCUGCCUUUUUGUUGGGUGUAAGGCGAAGUUUGACCUUCGUUUCAUUCGCUGCAUGUUCAUCCUUUUCCCCUUUCGUUUCCCGCUCCUUUGUAUGAUCAACCGCGAUGCGAUUGUCGUUCGGAAGCCAGGUCUUAAUCAGUCCCACUUUGUGAAUUGAAUAUGGACGUUUUAUGACGAUGAUGAUGAUGAUGCUUACCCUUUUAGUAGAGUUUCCUUCUGUUUCCUCGCCUUGUCAUGUGUAUCCGGUAUUUGGAAUUUUUAGUGGGUUUUGUUUGGAUAUGCUUUUCUUCCCCUUGGAAACCUUUGAUUCCGUUGUUAUGAAUGUUCUGGUGUCAUGGCUUUUUUCUGGUUUGCUGGAAUGAUGUUAUGAAUUAUGAUCAUUUGGGUUCUCUUUUGUUCUGUAUAAGUUUCCUGCUCCAUGAUCGUCUGGUUGAUAAUAAGGGGUGGUCUUUUCCAAAUUUGGAAAGUUGGAACUUUUUGGAAGAUGUUCUGCUCCUCUGAACAAUACUCUUUUUGUAUCGAUCGCUUUUUUGUAGGAAAUACGUGAUUCAUGGAUGAGUACUCUGGUAAGAGAGGGCCUGAUGGCCUCUUGGUCUCCAGGAAAGGAUCUUCGCUUGUUCUACGAGACACUGGCAAUAACAAAGACAAGAAUGGCCAGUUCUGCAGUCGGAUAGGGUGCAGUGGCAGAUUAAACCCUGCAAAAGGUUCUACACAAAUUAACUUUUCUGGCAAACCCCAAUCCUCAAGGGCAUCCAUUCGUCCUUCCUCAAGUGGCAAGGAAAUUGUUGGGAGUUCCUCUAGGACUUAUUCAGCCAUCAGCACUAGGAAAACGUUGCCGGAAUGUCGGAAGAAAUUGUCUUCUCGGGUAGAACCUGAUUCUUCUUCUGAGAGUGGUGGCAUUCAGGAUGACCCUGAUGUUCCAGAACUCGAACCUCCCUCAAGAAAGAUUCAUAAGGGUAACCAGUCCUCUUCUUUAGAAGCUCAUACCGGUGAGACGGCCUCCUCUGCACAACUAGGAAGCUCAAGUUUAGCAUCCAGUACUAUGUCCCAUGGGGAUUUUCAUCAGAGGUCAAUAUUAGGCCAUCCACAGACUCUAGCAAGCUCUUCUAGUUCACUGUCACUGAAGAACACAGUACAAGGAAGACGCUCAAAUGUGGGAAGGAAUGGUCUGAGAAAUUUUAGGUGCAAUUCAGUAUCGGAUGUAGUCUCAGGUUCAUCAUCAUCUUCAGACUCGAGCCUUAACAAAAGAAAGGACCCAGUGAAGAAAAGAGUCUGUCAUGCAGAGAGUAGUAGUUCCUCUGCCAGGGGUAAAAAGAUGGCUAACUCACUUCCAGAAGGGCGGAUUUCUACUCCUACUUCAGGCAUUUCCAUUUCGGAUUCUAGAAGAGCCAGAACUGUGCCUCCUAUUAGGGAUAAUCCGGUGUCAUCUGUUAGGACUAGAAGAUCAGUAACUGGUUUCAAUUACAAUAGACCUCAAGGGGCUAGAAACAAUUUAUCUCUCACUGAAGCGCAUGCUUUGGUCCCGCAAAUUCCGCAGCAUGACAUGAGUAUUGACCUCAGUAGCCCUACUACUUCAUCACAUCAGUUCUUAAUGGAACCUUCCCUAGGUCACCCUUCAUUUAGUCGACCUGGUAGCAGCAGUGCAAGUUCAAGGGGUAUUAGGCCAUCUAGUCCUACUGCAGAUAUCAGCAACAUGAGAUCCUUUCUAAACAGGGAGAAUUUCAGACGCUACAACAUGGAUGGAGUUGCUGAGGUACUGUUGGCACUUGAGAGGAUUGAACAGGAUGAAGAGCUCACAUAUGAGCAAUUGCUUGUUCUGGAGACCAACUUGUUCCUUAGCGGGCUGAACUUCCACGACCAGCACCGUGAUAUGCGGCUGGACAUAGAUAACAUGUCUUACGAGGAAUUGUUAGCUUUGGAAGAGAGAAUGGGUAAUGUGAGCACAGCAGUGAAGGAGGACGAAUUGUCAGAUUGCCUGAAGACUAGCAUCUAUCAGUUGGUAUCCAUGGAGCGCUCAUCUAGGAACCCUGGCGCGGAUAGGGAGGAUAUUAAAUGCAGCAUUUGCCAGGAGGAGUAUGGCGAUGGAGAUGAACUGGGGCGGUUACGAUGUGAGCACGAGUAUCAUUUGAACUGCAUACAUCAAUGGUUGAGGCUGAAGAACUGGUGCCCAGUCUGUAAGUCAGCAGCAGUAGUGCCCACCGAGCUCGCAUCAUCUCCUUUGUCUCCCUCGUCGUCAUUACUUUGAUGGUUCUUGAUGACAUUUCUUCAUUUUGUACAAAAAUUUCAUGUUUCGGGUCGCUUCCUUCUCCCCCUCUCCACUCUUCUUGAAGAAGAUUUCAAGUUUUUUUUUCUCUUUGGUUUUUGGUUUCUGGGUUUUGUGUACAUAGAGGAUAUAAUGGUGAUUUUGAUAGAAAAGACUAAUAAGUUGUGGCAACUCAUUGCCUCAACAUUGAUAUAAUGAAAAAGAAAAUAUCUUGUGACUAAGAAAGAAAGCUUGUCAAUGGAAAUCCUUCAGAUUUUGCUUGAUUCCUUCACAAAUGUUUAGGGUAUAAUUGGGGUUUGUUUAAGGAAAUGAUUGUAGUUGGUAACUUGUUUGACCGGAUUACGUCUUGAUUCUCGUAAUGCAAAUCGGCUACUCCAAAUACUGAUUUUUUGUCCAGCCAAUUUUGAGUUGGUCAUUUGUGACAGACAUGGAUUUCACGCAAACAUUUGAUUAAAAUAUAAGCACAACAGAAAAUAAGAAGAAAAUAAACGGAGUAGAGAGAAGAUAUGUACUUUUGACUAUUGUCUUCAGAAGUCAGUAGACAUAAAAACCACACGUGAAACAUGGGAUCUACAUGUGUGUUAGAACACGUGGGAUAUAUCAAAACACGAUCACGUCAUUCGAUCUAUCCUAGAUUCUUACAGUCACCAGGAGUAGUGGAUUGGUGCUUUCUCAGACACUGCACUUUCAGUAAUGUCGUACCAGAAAGCUACAAGCAAUCAUGCUAGAUUACUAGGCCUAAUUCAUAGUAAGAUUGCUAAAACAACCUCCAGAGGCAAAGCUAACUAUUGUUUGAUUGCCUGCUGCUGUUGCUAAUAAAGAGGGUUUCUUGCAGCUGAGACUUCUGCAGGUUUCCUUUUUUGUACACUGAUUGCUGCUUCUUGUUGAUACCCUCUUGAUUCAAAGAUUAAAACACUCCCGAAAAGAAACAAUUCGACACGCAAGCGCAUAGUGUAGGCAAUUUCUGAACACCGAACAAUGGUUAAUACUUUUUAGUGUCAGUAAGUAGAACUUACAUCUGGGCAUAUCUAGGAAAAUCUCAGAACAAUGAUUUCCCAGGGAAGAUAGCCAAAAUGGAGGGAAAAUAUCCUGUUACCGGAGACACAACGAGCUACGAGCCGGUACCCAUAAUGGUCGCAUGACCAGUAUUAGCACAACUGAAUCCAGGAGAAGAUUCCUUAUGUACAGCACCUGCAAUUCUCUUUUCCCUAACGAGUAUUACUACUGCAAGAUCGAACUACAAAGUCUGAACCUGUAAGCCAGCUCUUCAAUCAAUAUGCAUGAUAAAGAUUUCAUCUUGUCUAGAAGAAAUCUCCACAAUUCAAUCUAAGCUUCUGAAAGUCAGAGAGAGCAAGAGCUGGAUGCCAAAUCAAUUCUGAAGCACACAUGAGCUAAUUUUGACAAGACUUUUAUGGUGGUUAAAAGAAGAAAAAGGUGGGCACAGAGUGCGGAUGCGGCCAAUACAAUGAACCAAACACU